AUGUUCCCAGCGCGGUGCUGCGGGCUCCUCCUUCUCUUUUCCAUCUUUCUACUUAGCGCGGAUGGAACACGACGAGAGCAGCAAAUCGCUUCUACUUCUUCCUUUCCCUCUCCUUCUCCCUCUCCGCAUUCACAAACUGCAACGUCCGCCGCGUUGACAUCGUCUACAAAAUCUGCAACGCUGUCAUCUUAUGAACCAUUCGGGCGGAUUAAAUUCGUGAGCUCCUGCGGAGGACCGGACCAGCGACGACGAUUGAACGACGGCAUCGCCCUCGUCCACUCCUUUUGGUAUGAAGAGGCUCGUGAGAUCUUUCAGUCGCUAGCAAAUGAGGUGGCAAACUGCACGAUGGGGCACUGGGGCGUGGCGAUGUCCUACCUUCAGCCCCUGUGGUCCUACCCCACGGACCAGGAGAUGCGGGCUGGGGCCGCGGCCCUGCAGCGCGCUCGGGCCACGCUUCACGACCCCAAGGUGACCGAGCUCGAAAAGGGGCACGUUUGGGCACUGGAGGGCUUCUUUGCCGAGCACGAGCGGUUGCCCUACGCCAAGCGGAUUCUGCUGUGGGAAGCGCGAAUGGAGCGACUCUGGCAGAGGUAUCCAAAGGACACGGAGACGAUCGUGUUCUACGCACUGGCGCUCAAGUCAAAGAGUCUGAUCAAUCUCGAGGCCGAGGGCGGCAAGAUCUACCGCAGUCUCGACACAGAGGAGGAAUCGGCUAGCGACGCGACGGUCUUCUACAAUCAGAGGAAGGCCGGUAAGAUGCUGGAGCUCGUGCUACUUGAGGAAAGAUACCAUCCUGGCGCGUUGCACUACUUGAUCCAUUCCUACGACUACCCGCUGCUCGCACACAAGGCACUUCCCUACGCCAAGAGGUAUGCGCUCGCAGCGCCGCUGGUGGCACACGCGCUCCACAUGCCCGCCCACAUAUUCGUGCGGUUGGGCCAAUGGCGGAAUGCGAUCGUCAGCGAUCUGCAUUCCAUGAACGUGUCGAGCAUCUUCUUCGCCAAGAAGCUGCGCGAGGGCAAGGCGGGCUGGCGGGCUGACGGCAUGUACGACGAGUACCUCCACUCCCUCGACUACCUCGUCUACUCCUACCACCAAAUCGGCAGCAGCGUUUGUGGCGGAGGUGGUGCGCACGGAGCACAAUUUCCGAGCCUCACGCACGGCAGCGUGUACUCGCUGAUCGCCGCCACCGCCCGCUCGCUCGCCGAGACCCAUAACUGGGAGGCGCUCGCCCAGUACCAGUUCCCGCUCGCCCUCGCCUCUGACCUCCGCAACGGCGGAACGAGUGUGGGCGACUGGGCCAGCAUGUUUAAAGUCUAUCUGCGGCUGCUCGGCCUCUCCAAUCUACCGGUGGUGCUUGACCGAUCGGCCGAGGCGGACGCCGACGCCGACCGGGCCGACCGCCUGUGGAGCAUUCGCCAAGAGGUGGCCGACAGCCUGGCGCUCAUGCGCAACCUGUCGACAUCGCCGCGCCUCGAGCGGGAGCUCAAGCAGGACCUGAGCGUGCUCUGGCGCAUUACUGCCGACGUGCAGCUGGGCGUGGCCCAGGCCGUCCACGAGUGGGUCGAGGAUCGGCGGGACGAGGCCAUCGCCAUACUCACGCGAAUGGCCGACAUCGAGGACUCCUACUUCAAACCCUCCGUCAAGCCAUCAGUGAUUUAUCCUGUGCGAGAACAUCUGGCGGACAAGCUGGUGUUGGUUGGGCGGCUGGACGAAGCGCUGGCCGCCUACAAAGCGACCCUGGAACAGCAACCCCUGCGAUUCAACAGUCUGCUGGGUGCGGCCAAGACGGCCCGCGCGCUGUAUCGGUACGAGGAGGCCAAUGUGCACUACACCACGCUGCUCCAGCAAAUCACCGGCUGCGAGGAGGUCAAGCGGCAGGAACGCUUCUCCACCACGUACGACCCCAAGCGAGUCGGGCGCGUGGGCGCCGUCAAGCUCGACGCCGACGCCGAUGAAGACAACGACGACGAUGACGAGUACCUCGAGGAGCUCGAAGACUGCAUCUUCCGCGUCAUCACCGACCAGAGCGAAGGCGACAUCGACGGCUACAGCGGCGGCGCUGCGGGGACCGAGCCCGGUCGCCACGCCGAGGUGAUGGGGGCCAUGCAGUUCGUGCACCACCAGCGGCUCCAGCGCGAGCACAAGCGACAGCGGCGGCUGGCCCUUCUGCGCGAGCGUGCGGCCCGCGGCGGCCGGGCCUCGGGCGCGCCGAGCCUGAUCACGGUCGAGAUGCGCACUCUGUGCCUCUACCUCCUGCUCUCGGCCCUCCUCGGCUUCGCCGCCUCCCAGGCCGUCACCCACUACCGCAAGAAGAACAACUGA